AUGUCUUCAGCAGAAAAUACUAUCUCAAAUGAGAGGGCGAAAGGAUAGAGAUCAGCUUCAUGCAAGAAAGAGUGCAUUUAACGUAAUUUAUCUGAAACUAAGUUUGCAGUCAAAACUGACUCAUAAAAAUUUAGCUUCAAAAACUAUGUGAAAACCUAAAUCUAGAAAGAAAACCAAAUGAAUGAAAAAUUAGAUAAAAAUAAAGAUAAACCUUAGUAUUAUGACUACGUUCAGCAGCUGAUUGAUUUAAAAUUGUAGAUUUAAAAAACUAGUUUCAUUGAUCUUUACAAGAAAAAAUAUUUAAACUCUUAGCAAGAGAAAAUAAACGACAAAAAAGGUGUAAAGAUUUCUACAAAAACACAAGAAAUUAUAAAUCAGCUAAAUACCAGUCAAAGCAUUCAUAGCCUAAAUAAAAAAGUAUAAAAUCACAUAGAUUAAAUAAAUCAAUAAAAUCAACAAAUUAAUCAAAAACUAGAAGUUUAAUAGAAAAGUUAAUUUAUUAGCGAUUAAUUUCACUCAACAACAAACCAUAAUAACUUGUUAGCAAAAGAUUUGUUACAGAGACAAAACUCUAAUUAUAGUGUUUUUAUUCAUAACAGCAUAAACACAUAAUUAUUAGCUACUGAAAGUGUAUAAAAAAUAAAUUAUGAUGAAUUAAAAUAAUAUUAAAGCUUGAAUCGCUAAAAUCAGCCUGAAAUAUUAAAGAAAGAGGAGGGUAAUGCAGAUUUUGAAGAACAGCUCAUCAAAAUACAGAAAUAACCAGAAAAUUAAGAAAUCAAAAAGAAGCUAAUUAGCUCAAGAUAAAAAAUUCAAACCUAAAAUACUAUUGAAGAUGAUGAAAGUUGUUCAUCCAGUGGGGAAGAAUUUGAUUUAGAUUUAUUACCCAAAUCUAGACUUAUCUUUCAAAUAAAUAAAAAUAGUUAGAGCAAUUACCAAUCAGCUCCCAACUAAUCUCGCUAAAGUGUGGACUUAAAUUAUAAUCACAUCUCUCAAAAAUGCAAACAAGCAACAGGAGUUGAGGAAGAAUGCUAAUAAAAUAACUCAAAUGAAUAAUCCAUUUCUUCAAAGCUAAAAUAAAUAGUAGCAAAAAGAAAAUUUGCCUCUGAAAAUAUAUAAUCGCAGCACAUUAAAAAUUUACAUAAGCUAAUGCCUCAUGCUUUUGAGAAAGUUGAAAAAAAUUAACAAAGAGUAACCAAAUCUCCAAUAAAAUCUUAAAAAAGUCAAAUUCUUUAUGAAGAAAUAAAAGCAUUAAAUUCUCAAGAAAGCACCAAUCAAAACUUUCCUAUCAGUAGUGAAGAAACAGAUAUCGACCUUCAUGAAGCAAAUACUUAAGAAAGUACUAAAUAGCUCUUUUAAAAUAAAUUUUUCAGCACUCCCAACACUAAACAGCAGCUUAAAGUAGAUUAAAAUACUGAAAAAUGUGCUGAAAAGGCUAAAUUUAUAGUCAAAGGAAGACCAUAAAAGUUUUUGAAACAAGUAAGAUCUCAAUCUGUGAACAACAAUAAAUUUUAAAACCAAAAUAAUUAAUCUGAAAGCAAAAUCUAAUAUCCAAUGAUAAACAUACUUCUUUGCAGCACUAAAAAUGCAAACUGUAGCGAUGUAAAGAAUAAUUUAAGUUUUACUUAGGCAACUUUUGCUUGCUAGGAAAAAACUCUACAACCAUCUUCAUUAAAUAACUUAUCAAAUUAAUUCAGCUCUAAGAAUUCAAACGAUCCCUCACCAACAAGCAAUUCUAAUAUUGAAGCAUAGAAGACUCUUUCAAAAGAAAGUUCUUCUGAAGCAAUUCAUACCAAAAAGAAGCAAACUAUAAAACUUGGUCAUAUUAAACACCUUCUUAUGUAAAAUCCAGCUAAAAAUCAGAAAGAAAAAUUCAUAAAUUAUCAUUUAGUUCUGAAAGAAAAUAAUCAAAAAGAAUGUCUCCCUUAAAAAUAUAUCUCUAAUUAAUUCCGAAACCGCCGCUCUACAACUUAAUUAAAAAGCUACCUACUAGACAAUACAUCAAAAGAGGCAUUAGAAAAUAAUUAAAAAAAUAUCAAUUGCUCACUAAACAAUCCAAUUAUAGUGCAAAGUCUUUAAAGCUCUUCUUUUAAGAAUUUUAACUAGAAUUUAAAAUAAAAUUAGCAAUAUUUUAGUGAAAACCCACAAGUUUAACAAACACAAUUGCUGUGCCAAAAAAAAAAUAACUUAAAAUAAGUAAACUUCUCAAAUAUUCUAGAUAUAUCAAGUAUCGAAAAUGAAGUAUUAGUCUAAAAAAUAGCGUAAUGA